CUGGACCUGAGUAUCUUCAAGGUGCAGCGACACGUACCAUUAGAUAGUGGAUGAGAGCACCCAUCUAUGAUACUUCCAACACACUUGACCUAUCAUGCAUGGCACAGUAACCGAUCUGUGGUUUCGAAAGAGGGUGUCACGCAGACCUCGUCACUCCAUUCACCCCCUGCUAGAAGCAUCGCAGCUUCUGCCAUGAAUGACGUUGAUCAAGCCGAUCUGCCAGCUGGCGAGGGCCCGGAGCUUCAAGUGGCAGUAGGCACUGCAGAUAAGGUACAUGGGAAAAGGCACCAAAGCAAAGGCAAGGCACGGUACCUCAUGCCUGCAUGCUCUCUACUCCUUCCCGACUUCUUAAAGCUCUACGCCCUCCUCACCUGCCCAGCUCUUGCCAGGUGUUCAGGCUUUCUUUCCCCCAUUUCCUUUCACACAUCCCUCUUCUUCAUCUCUGCUCUCGUCGGAUUUCUCAAAUCUUCUCUCAUCACGAUCACGGCUUUCCAUCAAAUCAUCAAGAGUCCAACUCUUUCAAGUCGCCUCGUCGCCCUAUCGCCACUCUUUGUUCUUUGUUUGCCUCGUCUUUCGUUGCGCAUCUGUAUCGCCCAGGUUGGUCCACUUCGCCUAUCUAGCCCUUUCUCUCCAAACAUUCUCUGCGUCUUCUUCUUCUUCCCGUCUCUCUCGCGAAUCUCUCGCCCAAGUUCCCGAGCAUCUACAACGCUGGGUGACUUGGUUGCUCGUUUUGAGGGGACACCGUAAUUUCUUUAUAGUCCACCUCACAAUCCGCUCAUCUCCUCGAUCAAGUCGUACAAACCCCUUGUACGGCCUAGCACAAAGACUUGCGGUGCUUCUCUGCCCACCAAUAGUCUAUACUUUCUCUUUCAUGGCCUUUGUUCUCCCCUCUGUGAUUAAAGCUACCAUCUGUCGUCGAUGGUCCGUCACUUUUCAACUCCCCGAUCAUCUUCCUUCUUUUUCAUCAUCGAGUUUGAUUCUCACACGCCCUAAACGGUCGCUCGUUUUAUCACGCUACAAGCACAAUCACUCAAACUGUAUUCGCGGACUGACAGUCAUAUCUCCCUCAACAGAAGUCCAGUUCGAUUUUUUGACAAUAUCAACGCCAAGAUGA